CUCCAGGGACUCCGGGAUCGUGGACGGCCGGGACCGGCGGCAGCCGCGGAGCUGGGGGGAUCAGUCGGGGAUCCGUCCAGGGGGAUCCGCGGGGAUCCGGGGGGAUCCGCAGCCCGAUCCCGGCGGUUCGCAGCCCUUGGCCGCCCAUGGCCGCCCUCUUCGCCGGGAAGAUCCUGGUGGCCAACCGGGGACGGGACGAGGUGGAAACGGAGCGGGAGCUGGGCCGGGCGCUGGAGAACAAGGUGCUGCUGCUCUACUUCGGGUCGGGGCAGUGCCCGCGGUGCCGGCAGUUCUCCCCGCUCCUCAAGGAUUUCUUCGUGCGGUUGACCGACGAGUUUUACGUGGAACGAGCCGCCCAGCUGGUGCUGGUGUACGCGUCCCGCGACGAGAGCCGGCGGCAGCAGAGCGCGUUCCUGAGGAGCAUGCCGAAGCGCUGGCUGGCCCUGCCCUUCGGGGACACCUUCCAAAGGGAGCUGGAGCUGCGGUUUGCCGUGUCCGAGGUGCCGGCCGUGGUGGUGCUGAAGCCGAACGGGGAGGUCAUCGUGGGAAACGCCGUGGAAGAGAUCCGGCGCGUGGGUCCCGCUUGCUUCCGGAACUGGCAGGAGGCGGCCGAGCUGGUGGACCGAAAUUUUCUCUUGGCGGAGGAUUUUGAGGACUGGACGACGAGAAGCAUCACCGACCCCAUCCGCCGCCUCAAGUACCGGCUGGACAAGAAGACGGGGGCGGAGAACGAGGAAAGGAAAGAGGAAGGUGAAGAGGCCCCGUAGGGGCUCAGGGGGCUGACACUCCAGAACAGCAACGUCCGGCCGUGUCGUAGAAAUCCACUAAAAUCACGUUAGUUUUCCAAAAGGUGAACUGUUUGAAAUCAGACGUGCUCUGCUCCCACCCACGGCUUUCCCUGUCUGGAAAAGUGGUCAGCGUAAUGAAACAAUUCCAACCCUGACUGAAUGGCGUUUCCUUUUUAUCACCCUAGGACCUAGUGUAAGAGAAACCUCCCAGUGGCACCUUUGUCAUUUAUUUACCAAAAAAAGUGAGAAGAAAAGUAACUGCUGGAGACCAGCGUUCAGUGACUGACUCGCUAAACAGUCUUAAAAAUGGGAAUGGCAUUAAAACACCCUGUGGCCUGGCCGGGCGCUGCUCCGGAGGCUCGGAGACAGGAACGCCAUCCCCACGAGAAGCCCGUGAAGGGUUUUUUUAGGAGACGGGCACCCACGCGCCAAGCGAGCAAGCCGCGAGCAACCUCCCACGUCGCCGCUCACGUUACGCUGCUGAAAAUCUACAUUUGGGACAAAUCCCGCGGAGGGGCAGGCGGCUUCAUGGGCGGAAUGACGGCGCGCAGCAGCUGCCGCCGCGGCCUGCUCCGCCGAGCGCGAGCCGCCCCGCGUUAUCUGCUCGUCGCGGUUGCCACCUGCUGCUGCCGACGGCAGCGAUCCGCCGGGAAGCCGAGUCCCAGCCCGGGUGGAAAAUCUGCUAAACCUACCACAGCUUGGAAACCUGCCGGAGCUCCGGAACACCGCUCGGCUCCGUCCUUCCGAAUGCAACAGAUUCGUAGGCAGCCGACGCCGAACGGCUGAGAGGGAAGGGCGCUCGGCGGCCCAAAAUCUCAUUUAUGGAGCCCGCAGGGAAUCCUGCUGCACACACGCCCUGCUUCCUGCAACCCAGGGGUCUGGAAAGCAGGAGAAGGGGGAAGAGGACCCUUCAUUUGCUCUUUACCGGUCCCCCUGACCUCCACUGCACCACUGGGGGGGAGGGAGGGAUUUCUAAAAGCUUUGCUGGAUCCGGGAAGGAAAAGCGCCUGUUGAAGACAGACAGAGAGGCCGUGCAGGGCCGGCUUGUUCGACUUGUUUUCUCACUUAAUCCUCCCUCUCUUCACCCAGCAAGUUUGACGGGGAAGGAGGAGAAGUCCUAUAAAAUAAACGGUUGGGAGGGACUCUGCUUGAGGCAGGACAAGAAGGGAUGCUCUGUGGUGUUCAGACCAGACACUGCGUGAAAAGGCACAAAAAACCCCCAAAAGUGCUUUCAGGCGACGCACCUGCUGGAGGAGCGAAGCUGUGCUGGCUGAUGGUCGCUAGCGACACGGGAUUUCAUUUACCGUGGGCAACUUCCAGCAGUCAGUAGGCCUGUAUUUAAAAAAGGAGUUAUAAAUCGCAAAUUAGGAACCUGGGGCAGUGGGAGGGAGGCAAAGGGCAACAUUUCGCCUGUUAUUAACUGGCAGUCAGGUGCUUCUUCUCGUCCACAUGGAACUUUGAUGUCAAUAAAAGGACAUUCUCCGCCUGAAUUUACGGAAAGUUCAAUAAUAUUAAACAUGGACUUUUACCAGCCCUACCCCUUUUUUUUUUAACCGUCAUAUUUCCCUCUGUUCGAAACCAAAGUCGCCCUUUCCUCGGUGGUUGUGGGAAGGAACAACAAGCCGAGGAAGGGACACGGAGCAAUAGCGGGAAGUGAAUCUGCCAGCACUGCUGUGCCGACAUCGUCGCCGCCACAAAGAAAAUCGACCGCUCUAGUUCCUCGCCUUCACUUUCUGGGUUAUUUUUUCCCCCGGUAAAAGCAGCCGUAAUGCUUAGGAGUGUGCUUGAGACAAAAGCGGGCGAUGGGGCCGCUCUUUAUCUUCUAAUAAAGCUUUGCACUACUUGGGAAGCCAAGAAAGCGAAACGGGCAGGCAGGCAGGCGCCCGGGCGCGAGCGCGGAGCGGCAAAAUCCUACAGAGCAGCCACAAACUUUAUUUGUCCAUCCCCUGUUCCAUCAGGGGUGAAAAUCCUCCCGAGGGAUGCGCUGCACAGCGCCCUGGAGACGUUUAGCCCUGCUUUCACCCCUGAGGUUUAUUCUUUAUUUCUACAGGUCACAGAACAAAGGGCCUUUGAAGGCUCAGCGCAGUAUCUAAGCUCCCUUUAGCGCAAAUAAUCAAUUUCUGAGAUAUUUACUUUUCCAAACAUGCUACCUUACAGUUGCACAAUUCUUGCUUUUCCUUUUUCCCUACGUCACACGAUCUCUUUACAAAGGGCCUUGCUGCUCUGUAAAAAUGAAAAAUAUACUGAUGCACGUGGAAUCACAGAGACGCUUCCCAAGUUUCAGACAGCACAGAGUUAAUGAAAGCCAGGUAGGAGGAUGGCUCUGAUCCCCUAGAUAGCCUGGGAAGUGAGUAAUUUCACAACUCCCAAGAGGAAUGCGGAAAAUCCCCACAGCCUGACACCUGUCUGAGGUUGCAGACUCAUCCCACGCAGACGGCACGGAGCGUCGCUCCCCGCAGCAGAGGCACGGGGCAGCCCGGCGGAGAUCGGGAGCCCGACCGCACCGGGCCACCGGCAACGGCUCGAUUCUCUGGUUUCACCAGCAAAUACCAAGAUGACGCGGUAUUUUGGAUAAACCGAGCGAUUUCUCAGGAGAAGUGAUGGCUUUUUCCUCGUCUGUGUUUUAGCUGAGGUAGGACAAUGAGGGAGAUGGAAGACACUCUCUACACCUCGCCUAGACCAACGUUUUUACUUGCAGAUAAUGUUGUGGUAAAUAAGAGAGACCGAUACGGAAACGCAGCGCUAUUGCAUAUGGAUAUUCGGGGCUUGUUUUUGCUAUCCAAGCCUUGCUAAGAAACAGUUUCCUAAACCUGGGGUUCCAUUUGCUGGAAAGGGUGUAAAGAAACCUGAUAAUUAAAACUUGCUUCAGCCAUUUCUCAGAAAAUACCGGUUGCUACUCUAC